CCUCCUCCCUUUUGACUGCUUUUCACAACACCGCCUCCAACCAACGUGAUUAAUGUCAGUGUAACACCAGCGCGUGUAAAAAGCGAGAAUAUCGUGUGUUUUUGACCCGUUUUGUGUGAAAACCGCGCUGACUUCCGGUCCUCUCCUCGGUGUACUGUCCCUUUAACUGAAGGGGGAACCUUUCACAGGCUGGUUCUCCGCUCACUCACUCAGGACCCAUUCAUAAAUAACACAUCGUGUUGGAAAAAGGAAGCUCCAGCUAUCUGGUAUUUUUCAUUCAGCGGAGGAGUGAGGAGGAGGAGGUUAACCAGACAUGUUCACCUCCAGCUCCAUCGGGGACCGUUAAUCGGGGGCACGGCUGGAGGAGCAGCAGUGACUUCAUGGCUGACCCCGCUGAGCCGUCAGGAGGCAGCUCGCUUCAGCUCGGUUUCUCAGAAGGAGCAGAGGAGCUGGCAGACAGACAUACCGAUGGAGCAGUGAGUGAAGUGAUGGCAGCUAAAGAGGACCUGUAUGCCAAAGUGACGCCGCGGAGGCAGCGCCAGAGCCGGCCGAGCACCGUCAAGCAACAUGGGUCCACUCUGGACGUGCUGCUGUCCAUGGGCUUCCCCAAGACCAGGGCCUUGAAAGCUCUGGUUUCGACAGGAGGGAAAAACGUCCAGGCGGCUUGUGACUGGCUCUUCUCCCACGUGGACGACCCGUUCUUGGAUGACCCUCUGCCCAGAGAGUAUGUGUUGUAUAUGCGACCCAGUGGGCCGCUGCUCCAGCAGCUCUCGCACUUCUGGCAGCAAUCCCGCCUCUCCUGUGGCAAGAAUAAGGCGCACAACAUCUUCCCCCACAUCACCCUCUGCCAGUUCUUCAUGUGUGCCGACGGGAAGGUGGAGGCUCUGACUGACGCUCUCCAGGCGACCGUGGCCAAGUGGAAGGGUCGCAUACCCAUGCCCCUCCCUCUGGAGCUCUACACCUCUUCCACCUUUAUUGGCCUCUUUGUGGAGGAGCAGAUGGCCGAGGUGCUGAAGAGUUUCGCUUCUGAUUUUGCAACUGAAGCAACAGCUAAAGCAGAUGUUCACGUCGAGCCUCAUAGGAAACAACUUCACGUCACUUUGGCGUACCACUUCCAAGCCAGUCACCUUCCAAUUUUGGAGAAGUUGGCCAAAGCGGUGGAUGUGUCUUCAGGCUGCGACUGGCUGGCCGUGCUCUUCUCACGGGAUAUUCGGUUCGCUAAUCACGAGACACUGCAAGUCAUGUACCCGUAUGCGCCUCAGAAUGACGACGAGCUGGAGCUGGUGCCGGGAGACUUUAUCUUCAUGUCUCCGGUGGAGCAGAGCAGCGCCAGCGAAGGCUGGGUGUACGGCAGCUCGCUGGGCACGGGGCUGUCGGGCCUGCUCCCUGAGAAUUACGUCAACCGGGCUGACGAGUCUGACACCUGGGUCGUCCACGGGUCUCACUCUUUGCUCACCUGUGCCUCUCCGUCUAACUCUGGCAGCGUUGUGACCGGGCUAUUAUUUGACGGACAGCUGAAUGAAAGUCUGCUUGACAGUCUCAUGGAUGCUCCCGGCCUCACUGGCCUCUGUCCUCCCAUGCAGGUGUUGAGGCCGAGCAGUCAUUCCUCCCUGUCCAAGAUGAGACUGUUUGUGUGUCGCCAUGGGGAGAGGAUGGAUGUGGUGUUUGGGAAACACUGGAUCACUCAGUGCUUUGACACCAAAGGCCGAUACAUUCGCUCUAAUCUCAACAUGCCACCCAGCCUGCCAGCUAGAAGUGGAGGUCACCGGGACUACGACAAGGACUGUCCAAUUACUGUGUUUGGCUCCACCCAGGCACGACUCGUAGGUGAAGCCCUGUUGGAAAGCCACACAAAGAUAGACUUUGUCUACUGCUCUCCGUCUCUUCGCUGCGUCCAGACUGCUCACAACAUUCUGCUGGGUCUUCAGCAGGAGGGAAAGACAAAAAUCCGCGUGGAGCCUGGAUUGUUUGAGUGGACCAAGUGGGUGGCGGGCACAUGUUUACCCGUCUGGAUCCCCCCAGCUGAUCUGGCUGCUGCUAACCUGAGUGUGGACACAACAUACAGACCUCAUAUUCCCAUAAGCAAGUUGGCGGUGACGGAGACCUACGACACCUACAUCAGCAGGAGCUUCCAAGUAACCCGAGAGAUUCUGGCAGAGAACAACAACCUGGGAAAUACGGUCCUGAUCGUGGCCCAUGCUUCCUCCCUGGAGGCUUGCACUCGCCAGAUACAAGGCCUCAGCCCCCAAAACUCCAAGGACUUUGUCCAAGUUGUCCGAAAGAUUCCUUACUUGGGAUUUUGUGCAUGUGAAGAAAUGGGAGAGACCGGGGUGUGGCAGCUGGUCGACCCACCCAUCUUGCCUCUGACACAUGGACCCAAUCACAGUUUCAACUGGAGGGAAAUGCUAAUGCAAGACUGAAACAUUUGCUUCUUGGCUCUUUUAUCUUUUGGCAGCCCUGAACUGCUGAAAAAAUAUUUAUUUUUAACCCACUCUUGCCCAACUACCAAAAAAAAAAACAAAAGUACACGUCUGGCUUCCGUCAUAGACAUGCAAAAAAAAGAUUGCAUUCACUGAAGCAAAAUGUAUUCAGACGCACUGCUCAGGAAUGAGAAAAUACAGUUUGUGUUUGAGAUCACAGCAAAAAGGAGCUACAGAUUGGGCGGCAGUUUGUCGCGUUUGCCUCAACGUUUCCACUUCUUCGCCCAAAAUGUGGAGGUGCUACGAGAAAUGGGGACAUUUCUUGAUGAUUGCUGAUGAAUCAGGUUUCAUGCCACGAGAAGGUGUCACUAAGCUCUGUCUGUGGCGGUGAAGACUUUGUGUUCUGCUGCCUUCUCACACACUGUGACGAGAAUUAGAUGAGAAAGACUUGUACCACAGAAAUAUUUUUCCAUGUGUCAGAAAUUAUUAUUAUUAUUUAACUUGUAGCGACGACCCUCCUGUGAAGAAAAAGCACAAAAGAAAUGUUGACAAUCAGACAGAGGAGAACUGAUCUUCAUUGUUUCUGGUGCUGAGGUGGGUGGUUUAUUAUGAUACCUGUUUUAUUCCUGAAAUGUCAUAUCAUUAUCUUCUAAGUUAACAUUUAUGUGCACACAUGAAUCGUUUUUCCUUAAUGCAGUCUUUAUUACCACCACGGGAGCAACCGAGUCAAUAUGACUUAAGAAAAUUAAUAUAAUGAAAUACAGACUGCUAAAACUUUUGCUUGUUUAUCAUGACCCUGACUCUGUAAGCCUGAUAACCACACUGCUUUUCAGACACUUGGGAGCAUUGUAUUAUUUUUUAUGUCAGAUGAUUUAAGUGCUUUCUUGCCUAUACCAAUUAUUUGUAGUAUGACUCAGAAAAUCUAUUGAUACUGAAUGAAUAAAGCAAGGUUGUGGAGUUAUGAAGGCCUAUACACAUCA